CUGGGGUAGAGAAAACAGCGUCGGCUGCGGCGGCUGUAGCGGUGGGAGCCCCCGCUUAGAGCCGGCAUAGAGUGGGGGGGAAUCAUUUUAUACUUCAGAAUUAGGACAAAUAUGUGAGAAUUCCCAUCAGCCAGCGUGGAUUUCUUUCUUCAAACUCUUCCAAUACAACCAGCUACAUAACUUUCUCAAAUAACCCUUCUUUGUGCCAUGUUCUGUGGCUUGCAUCAAAAGAGGAAUUUGUCUUCAUGAAGAUUCCUAACAUUGGUAAUGUGAUGAAUAAAUUUGAGAUCCUUGGGGUUGUAGGUGAAGGAGCCUAUGGGGUUGUACUAAAAUGCAGGCACAAGGAAACACAUGAAAUUGUGGCAAUCAAGAAAUUCAAGGACAGUGAAGAAAAUGAAGAAGUCAAGGAAACAACUUUACGAGAACUUAAAAUGCUUCGAACUCUAAAGCAAGAAAAUAUAGUGGAGCUGAAGGAAGCUUUCCGAAGAAGGGGGAAAUUAUACUUGGUGUUUGAAUAUGUGGAAAAAAAUAUGCUUGAAUUGCUGGAAGAAAUGCCAAAUGGUGUUCCACCUGAAAAAGUAAAAAGCUAUAUCUACCAGCUAAUCAAGGCAAUUCACUGGUGCCAUAAGAAUGAUAUUGUUCAUCGAGAUAUAAAACCAGAAAAUCUCUUAAUCAGCCAUAGUGACAUCCUGAAGUUGUGUGAUUUUGGUUUUGCUCGGAAUCUAUCAGAAGGCAGUAAUGCGAAUUACACAGAGUACGUGGCCACCAGGUGGUAUCGUUCCCCUGAACUCUUACUUGGAGCUCCCUAUGGAAAAUCUGUAGAUAUGUGGUCUGUGGGCUGUAUUCUUGGGGAGCUUAGUGAUGGGCAACCUUUAUUUCCUGGAGAAAGUGAAAUUGACCAACUUUUUACUAUUCAGAAGGUGCUAGGACCACUUCCAUCUGAGCAGAUGAAGCUCUUCUACAGCAAUCCUCGCUUCCAUGGGCUUCGGUUCCCAGCUGUUAAUCACCCCCAGUCUUUGGAGAGAAGAUAUCUAGGAAUUUUAAGUGGUGUUUUGCUUGACUUAAUGAAGAAUUUACUGAAGUUGGAUCCAGCUGACAGAUACUUGACAGAACAGUGUUUGAACCAUCCUUCAUUUCAAACCCAAAGACUCUUGGAUCGUUGUGGAACUUCACCUUCACGAUCAGCAAAGAGAAAACCAUACCAUGUUGAAAGCAACACAUUAUCUAAUAGAAAUCAAGCCAGCAAAAAUGCUGCUUUGCAGGCCCAUCACAGAUCUAACAGUAAGGAUAUACAGAACCUGAGCGUUGGACUUCCGAGGAAUGAAGAUGUUCUUCCGGCAAGUGAAAGCUUCCUUAAUGGAAACCUUUCUGGAGCUUCUCAUAGUCCCAUGCACAGCAAACCCUAUCAAACAAGUAACGCACCUGGAUCUGCAAGCAAAGAUCUCACCAAUAACAACAUUCCACACCUUCUUAGCCCCAAAGAAUCAAAAUCAAAAACAGAAUUUGAUUUCAGUAUUGACCAAAAGGCUUCUGAGGGCCCAGGCACAAAAUACCUUAAGUCAAACAGUAGAUCUCAGCAGAACCGACACUCAUUCAUGGAAAGUUCCCAGAGCAAAACUGGAACAUUACAGCCUGGUGAAAAGCACGGACGGCAUAGCUACAUAGACACUAUUCCCCAGUCCUCCAAGAGUCCUUCUUAUAGGGCAAAGGCCAAAAGUCACGGGGUUCUGACUGACUCCAAAUCUGUGAGUAACCUUUCUGAAGCCAGAGUUCAGAUUUCUGAUCCUAAUAGCAGCAGGUAUUUUCCAUCUAGCUGCCUAGACUUGAACUCUCCCACCAGCCCAACCCCUCCCAGGCAUAGUGACAGUAGAACUUUGCUUAGUCCUUCUGGGAGAACUAACCGAAGCGAGGGCACACUGGACUCACGGCGAACAGCAGCAAGGCAUUCCAAAACAAUGGAGGAGUUGAAAUUGCCCGACCACAUGGAUGGAAGCCAUUCACACUCCCUGUCUGCACCACAUGAAUCUUUUUCCUAUGGUCUAGGCUAUACCAGCCCUUUCUCUUCCCAGCAGCGGCCUCACAGGCAUUCCAUGUAUGUGACUCGGGACAAAGUGAGAGCGAAAGGCUCAGAUGGAGGCUUGAACAUAGGGCAAGGGAUGGCAGUCAGAGCCAACAGCCUUCAGCUGCUGUCACCACAGCCGGGAGAACAGAUUCCCACAGAGCUAAGUGUAUCACGGUCUUCAGCUAAAGAGACGUCUCGAGAGGGCACUUCUUCAUUUCACUCACGGCAAAAAUCUGAGGGUGGAGCCUAUCAUGACCCCCACUCAGAUGAUGGAGCAGCCACAAAAGAAAACAGACAUCUGUAUAAUGAUCCCGUUCCAAGAAGAGUUGGUAGUUUUUACAGAGUUCCAUCUCCACGUCCAGAUAAUUCAUUCCAUGAAAAUAAUGUACCAUCCAGAGUUUCUUCUCUGCCAUCAGAGAGCAGCUCUGGGACAAACCACUCAAAAAGACAAACAACAUUUGAUCCAUGGAAAAGUCCUGAAAAUAUUAGUCAUGCUGAACAACUCAAGGAGAAGGAGAAGCAGGGCUUUUUUAGAUCCAUGAAAAAGAAAAAGAAGAAAUCUCAAACAGUGCCCAAUACAGAUGGUCAGGAUCUUCUGGCAUUACAGAAAGCCAUUCAUUCGACUAAUCACCAAAGCAGCCGGCCGAAGGAGUGGCGUCCUGAGAAGAUCUCAGAUCUUCAAGUUCAUAGUCAGCCAUUAAAAUCACUCCGUAAGCUAUUACAUCUGUCUUCUGCUUCAAACCAUCCCACUUCCUCGGAUCCCCGCUUUCAGGCCUUACCGAGUCAGCAAGCCAAAAGUUCCUUUUCAGAAGUGCGGAUUCACCCCAUGAGCCAAGCCUCCAGCAGCAGCAGCAGCAGCAAUGUCCGAGCUGACACCACUCCAAAGGCCAGGCCGACACUUCAGCUGCCUGGUCAGAUAGACCCAGGCUGGCAUGUAUCCCCUGUGAGCAGGAGUGCUAACGAGGGGCCUUCCUACUCUGAACAGCUGGGUUCUAAGAGUGGGCCAAAUGGGCACACAUAUAACAGAACAAAUCGAUCACGGAUGCCAAAUCUGAAUGAUUUAAAAGAGACAGCCUUGUAAUUAUGCUCCAGGGGAUGGGGGGAAAAAGCCAGCUCCUUGGGG